GUUCCAAAUAGAUGGUGCUGUUUAGCAAAAAAGAAAAGACAGAAACAAGUGGGGAAAAAAACACAGCAAUCGCUCAAGUCAGUGGAGUGCACGGGUUCGCAGUUACGCACAGAGCGCGCACGGAGCGGCGGUGUUUCUGCAAUAAUUGGGCUGAUUCUCUCUAACAUGUGACUGUAUUACUGGCUCACAUGGCCGCUUCGGUGCAUGAUCCUCUUUAGUUUUAAAGCCCCGGUGGUCAGACUCCCCUGGUCACAACACUGCAGCUGAGACCGACUCGGCCAGACGAGCCAUGGCGAGCCAAGGACAGAAAGUUGUGCUGAUCACCGGUUGCUCCUCCGGGAUUGGUUUACGGAUCGCUGUUAUGCUGGCCAAGGAUGAAAAGAAGCGAUAUUAUGUGGUCGCUACCAUGCGAGACCUGAAGAGGAAGGACAAGCUGCUGGAGGCCGCUGGCGACGCCUACGGGAAGACGCUGACGCUGCAGACGCUGGACGUGUGCAGCGACGAGUCCGUCAAACAGUGCGUCGACAGCGUGAAGGACCGCCGCGUGGACGUGCUCAUUAAUAAUGCAGGGAUAGGACUGCUGGGUCCGGUCGAGAGCAUCAACAUGGAGGACAUGAAGAAGGUGUUCGAGACAAACUUCUUCGGCGCGGUGCGCAUGAUCAAGGAAGUGAUGCCGGACAUGAAGAAGCGGCGGGCGGGGCACAUCGUCGUCAUGAGCAGUGUGAUGGGCCUGCAGGGUACGUGCCCCGAAGCAUGAUGGAUAGUGUCUAGAUACGACAUGCACGAAACAGAUUUCUGUAACUGUUAUGGAAUAAUAAGAAUAAUCUCUCUCUUUCUUCCUUUCAGUGUCUCUAUGAUCGAGCCUGGUCCUGUGCACACAGAGUUUGAGGUGAAGAUGAUGGAGGACAUUUCGAAGAUGGAGUAUCCAGGUGUGGACGCUGACACCGUGCGCUAUUUUAAAGAUGUCUACCUGCCGUCCUCCAUCGACAUCUUCGAGGCCAUGGGGCAGACCCCAGAGGACAUCGCUAGGUGCACUAAGAAGGUGAUCGAAUCGAGGCGACCGCGAUUCCGCAACCUGACCAACGCGCUGUACACGCCGAUAGUGGCGCUGAAGUACGCUGACGAGACGGGCGGCCUGUCCGUCCACACCUUCUACAACCUGCUGUUCAACAUGGGCACCCUGAUGCACGUCACCAUGAGCAUCCUCAAGUGCCUGACCUGCCAGUGCUUCCGCAGACGCACCAUCUCCCCCAACUGACACGCCUCCCUCCUCCCUCCUCUCCCCUCCCCUCCCC